AAACUUUUGCAACUUUCACUAACGCAAUGUUUGCUACCAACUAUUUUCUCGUUUCUUUUAUCUUGAUCCAUCAUAUUUCUGUGGUGCCGGUGCUGUCGAGCUGCCCGGAGAGUUUUACUGCCACCAACGUCUCUGCACUUGGCCUGACCGUUUCUCCCGUUUACACUGGUUCCAGCGACUGCGACUGCAAGUGCGCCGUUGGAGUGGAUUCGAACGGCAGUUUGUCCACGGGUUCUGGCACAUGCAGUGAGAGUACGGCGGAGAACACCACCCUUGGGUUUCUGAUAGCGAUAACAGUGACCAACGCCAUCUUGCUGGUGGCCCUGAUAGUUAUAGUGGUACUAUAUGGAGUCAUCGCUUUCAGGAAUAAAUACGGCUGGGUGAAAUCCAGUGUCAAACAGUCCAACACAAAUAUCAAUGAUGCAUACGGAAUAUUAGAUUUAAACGAUGAAGGCACCUAUUCAAACCAUGGCUACAGUCAGGUAGAAGCUGCAGAGACCGAAGCUCAACACCUGAAAGUAACAAAAACUGAUGAAGACACCUAUUCCAACCUUGCCUAUAGCCUGGUGGAGUCUGCUGGUACCGAAGACCAACGCCUCAGCACAGCCCUUCUCCUCCCAAACAGUGAUGCCGGAGAUACUGAAGAUAAUGAAUACUCCUACACUGACCUCCGGUUUCACAACUUUAAGUCAGACGCUAAGCCAGGGAAAAAAUCAGAGCAAGGGAAAGAAGAGGGAGAGAAAUCCGAGCCAGUGAAAGAAAAAGGAGAUAAAACAGCAGAGCCGGGGAAGAAAGAUAGAGCUGACGCAAAAGCUACUGCAGCUGAGAAUCCGAUGGUGAAGGCUACCAGUGGUGAGACAGCAGAAGAGAAACUGGAGUACACUCCAGUCAUUGAAAUAACUAAGGACGGAGCCAAAAGUACCAACAAUGAAGACACAAAAACAGCAGCUUCCCCUUUUGGGGUCAUCUUGAAAUCGACUGAAUCUUCUUCCUCUUCUGCCGCAGUUUCAAAGUCAAAGAAAGAUCCGAAAUCGGCUCAACCCCAAAAAAUCUGCUGCAACUUCGAAGCAAAAGAAAGAUCUGCAAUCAACCGCAUGUGCACUAGCUUCAGCAGCUGCUUCAAAGGCCAAGAAAGAAUCGAAGAUGGCUCAAUCCAAAAUCGCAUUUGUUUCAAAGUUCAAGAAAGAUUCGAAACCAGCCGCCAGUGCUCAAGCUGCUGCCGAGAAUGAGGAGAAGAAAGAAACAAAGGCCAAAAGCGGUGGAGCUGCAGGCAAAUAACUGUUGAACAGGACAGUACAGAUGGUGCUGUAAGUGUUUUUAUGUAGCGUUGCACGUAGUAUAGUGAUCGGAG